AAAAAAUUGAGGCAUUAGAAUCUAGAGAGUGAAACUCGGAAGGAACACAGGGUGGACUGGUUGUUGCCUAUUGUCGUCGUCUUCUACACUCUCUCUUCCCUAACCUGCGUGUUACGGUAUGAUUUCUUCCCUAACUCUCUUAGCUUCCCACUAUUAUUCCCCUCUUUUUUUCUAGGCAUUUCAAUAUUUUACCUCUGAAUUUCGACAAUUUGCCAAUUAUUAAUCGUAUAAUUCCCAAAUCAAAAAUCAAAAAUCAUAAUCGAAUAAUGCGAUUAAACCACAAUCAAGAAGAAUUGUUUGCUUAAUUGUCGAUUUUCUUCAACCAUGGCAAGCGGCGCCGCCGGUGAUGAUGAAUCCGGCGCCGUAUUGAGCGACGUAGAGGAGGAUGAAUACCCACCGGCGGAGAUCAAACUCGCCGCGAGUUCAUCAGAUUCUGAAGUUUCCGUCGAGAAGUUUAAUGAAUUACUCGCUGAAUUUGAUCGCGAGAAGCGAGCGAGAGUCGCUGCCGAAAGCUCGAAAUCGGAGCUUGAAAUUCAGUUCAAUCGGCUUAAAGUUCUUGCUCGUGAGGCGAUUAAGAAGCGAGAUGAGAGCGGGAGUCAAAGAGAUGAGGCGAUGAAGGAGAGAGAUGAUGCGGUUAGGGCAAAUGAGAAGCUGAGUAAUGAGUUGUCGGAGGUGAAUAAGGCGAAAGACGAGGUUUCGAAGCAGUUAGAGGAAGCGUUGAAGGGGAAGGAGUCGUCAAGGGCGGAGAUUGAGGCUGCUGCUCAAAUGUUGGUUACUGGGAUUGAGAAAAUUUCAGGGAAAGUUAGUCAUAUUAAGAAUUUUACAGCUGGGGGUUUGCCCAGGUCACAGAAGUAUACUGGGUUGGCUGCUGUUGCUUAUGGGGUGAUUAAGAGGACAAAUGAGAUUGCCGAGGAGGUGAAUAAGCAGUUGGAUUCGGUGACCAAGUCGAGGGAUGAGGCUCGUGAAAUGAUGGAGCAGAGGAACUAUGAGAUUGCUAUUGAGGUUUCUGAGCUCGAGGCAACGAUUGGUCGGUUGAGGGAUGAGGUGACAGAGAAGAGUAGUCGAAUUGAGGGUUUGGAGAAGGGUAUUGCUGAGAAGGAUGGGAAGUUGGAGGAGAUUGAGAGUGGGAUGUUGGAGAGGAUUGGUUCAGUUGAGAAUGAGAGGGAGGAAUUGAGGAAGUUAGUGGAUGAGUAUGAGAGUAGGAUAGGAGAGUUGGAGUUGGAGAUGGAGAAGCAGAGGCCUUUGCUUUUUGAGCAGUUGAGUUUUGUGUCAAAGAUUCAUGAUCAGUUGUAUAAUGUGAUCAAGAUUGUGGAUGCUAAUAAUGGGGAUCAGUCGGAGUUGUCAGAGUCUUUGUUUCUUCCUCAGGAGACUGGGUUGGAGGAGAAUAUACGGGCGUCGUUGGCUGGGUUGGAAUCAAUAUAUGAACUAAGUAGAAUCGUUAUUGCAAAGACGAGGGACAUUGUGGAAGAAAAGAGCCGCGAGGUUAAGAGCUUAAAUGAAACAGUUGCUAGAUUAUUUAGGGAGAAGGAGCAUGUAGGAGUGUUGCUCAGAAGUGCUUUGUCCAAGAGGUUAGCGUCAGUUUCAACAUCUGAAACAAAUGCCGUGUUCAAAGUAGCAGAAAAUGGGUUAAGAGAAUCAGGGUUUAAGUAUAAGUUUGGUCAUGUUCUUGAUGAUGCAAGUAAAGGCGGUACACAGGAGACAAAAGAUGAUGAAAUAUAUGCCCUGGCUGGUGCUUUAGAGAGUAUUAUUAAGGAAGCACAACUGCAGAUUAUUGAGCUUCAACAUUCGGUAGAGGAGCUAAGGGCAGAGUCAAGUUUACUUAAAGAACAUUUGGGGACUCAAUCCAAGGAGCUCAACCAGAGAAAGCAUCAUAUAGAGGAACUCGAAGAGAAGGAACGACAAGCGAAUGAAAAUAUUGAAGGGCUUAUGAUGGAUAUUGCUGCUGCUGAAGAGGAAAUAACGAGAUGGAAACAGGCAGCGGAACAAGAAGCUGCAGCUGGAAGAGCUGUUGAGCAGGAGUUUCUUACUCAGAUUUCUACCCUAAAAAAAGAAGUCGAGGAGACAAAGCAAGCAAUGGAAGAGUUGGAGAAAAAGCUGAAAUUUAAGGAGGAAACAGCUGCUGCAUCAAUGGCUGCAAGAGAAGCAGCUGAAAAAUCAUUGAGGUUGGCUGACACAAGAGCUUCUAGAUUGAGGGAUAGAGUGGAAGAACUAACUCACCAACUUGAGAACUUGGACAAUAAAGAUGAUGACAACAGGAAUAAGACUCGAUCGAGAUACGCGUGUUGGCCAUGGGAUUUGCUUGGAAUCGAUUUUGUUGGUACUCGACGGCCAAUUGAUAUGCCGGAGCAGCAAAGUUCAAAUGAAAUGGAGUUGUCUGAACCACUUUUGUGAUUACUUUUGUUUUUGUUUAGUCCAUUUUUUUUAAUCUCAUAUGGGGUUUUUUUUGUAUAAAAAGGAAAUUGUAGCUUACUUUUACUUUGUCCAUAAAAAACAUGUAAGUUAACGUUCUUGUUCACUGAUAACACCUAGGAAGUAGGUGAUUUGCCCUGAAACAAACGAAAGUUGCAUUAUAGCGCGAUGGGGUUGGGUUACGAAUGAAUUAAGGUAUGUUUUCAACUUUCUUUCCUGCCA